GGUCCUUGUGUGAUAGACGGGAAUUUUCAACGUUAACGGAGGUUUCUUCUUCCGUUUCUGCUCUCUACCAAAUCCAGAAGUCUGGCCCCUCUUCUGCUAUCCACCGCAACCCUACGACAGCUUCUUCUCUCCAUCACAACCGAGACAGUGCUGUUGCCUUCGCUCCCUGGCUGCGGGUGCAUAACCGCGGAAGAGAAUUAAAGACUAAGGAAUCCAUAAGUAUGUACGAUUUGAAACCAGGCAAAGCAGGCAGCUUUCCACUAAAACUGUUAUGGGUAAGGCUCAAGCUACCACCUCAUUUGAUGAGUCUGGCUCGAGCAUUGGGAAUCAAUUGCACAAAACGCUUUCUAGCGUGAGAGUUUCUGCAAGAUGUGGGGAGGAUCUAAAUGAAGGUCUUGUAAUAAUAACCAAUGGUUCAAGUCUAUCCUCAGAGCAGGCUUAAGUUCCUGGAGAUUUUGUGCCUAUUGAGGAUAAAAGAAGGAAGAGUCCUGUUUCAAGGUUUCUGAAAGAUUUAUUGGCCAAUGCAAGUAAUGAUGUCCCUGAAAAGAUGGUAAGGGCUCCUGAUACUAGUAGUAGUGGUCCAGUAGCUAAAGAAGAUUAUGAAGACGGGUGUAGCAUUACUGAGAUUGUUGACAUUUUUAAAUUUGAUGAUUCUGCUUCCAAUUAUACCGCUGAUGUUCUGGAAAUCUUUGUGGUUAAGAGGUCCGACGGGAAAGAGGUGAUGGCCAGCUAGGGGUUUCUAAAGGAGAACUAUAAUUCCCUGUGUUGAUUGACUUCUAUGAGAAACUUCUUCGGGAGUUCAUAACGGUGCGAUCUUGAUGAGUUUAGUGGCUGGGAAAUGGCGGGGAGUGGGUAUGAUGCAAUAGGUUUGGCUUGAGAAUACAUGAGUUAUUACAUAUCAGUAGCCUUUGUCUAUGUAGAGAUGUACUAAAGUUGUUGUACUACUGCUUUGUAGUAGGAAGCUCUAAUGUAGUAGUAAUGUGAGAUGAGUUGAGUUAUGGGUCUUUCUGGGAAUUAUACUCCGUAUUAGAUAAUAGGGAUGGACAGUACAAAUGUACAAUUCACAUUGUUGAUUGAGGCAGAAGCAGACCACAGACAAUUUCUUUAUUGUGAAUUUUGUUUAUUCUAAUUUAGUAGUUAGUAACUUGUUUGAA